AUGGCAUCCUUUGCCACACGCUCCGCUGUCUUGUCAUCUGCGCAGUGCCUUCUUCCUGCCACGAACAUGAACGACAGGUCGUACUACAACUUUGCCGCCAGGGGAAAACAGAAGCCAAAGCCACCAGUCAACACCCUUUCGUCGUCAUCGCCCAAGAAACCAACGCAGGAGAACACCCUUCAAUCACGCGAGGAGGAACAGUUUUUUUCACGUCGCUCAGGCAGUAAGCGGGACCGCGACACCGCCAUCUCCACAGACAUCACAAGGACGAAGUCUCAAAAUAAGGCGGCCGCUCGGAAAUCGACCACAACAACACCAACAACGAACGCAGCAGCGGCAGUUGGAGGAACGGCGAAGCAGACAAAGGUGAAGGUGACGUACGUUCUUCCCAACCAAAGCCGGGAGGAAGGCCACUUUUACGUGGUUCUUGGGGAGGACAUUGAUGUGUCGACGCAGCGCUUCAAGAUACUCUCGAUGCUGGGCGAGGGCACCUUCGGCAAGGUGGUGGAGGCGUGGGAUCGCAAGCGCAAGGAGUACUGCGCGGUCAAAAUUGUGCGCAACGUGCCCAAGUACACACGUGACGCGAAGAUUGAGAUUCAGUUCAUGGAGAAGGUGCGCCAGGCGGAUGCCGACGACCGCUUCUCGCUGAUGAAGAUUCAGCGCUACUUCCAGAACGAGACGGGCCACAUGUGCAUUGUGAUGCCAAAGUACGGUCCGUGCCUGCUGGACUGGAUCAUGAAGCACGGCCCCCUCAGCCACCGCCACCUAGCGCAGAUCAUCUUCCAGGCAGGCACGGCGCUGGACUACUUCCACACGGAGCUGCGUCUGAUGCACACCGACCUGAAGCCGGAAAACAUGCUGCUGGAAACCAGCGAAACGGUGAUAGACCCCGUCACGCGCAAGGCGACGCCGCCCGACCCGUGCCGCAUCCGCAUCUGCGACCUCGGCGGGUGCUGCGACGAGCGCCACAGCCGCACGGCGAUCGUGUCGACGCGCCACUACCGCAGCCCCGAGGUGGUGUUGGGCCUCGGGUGGAUGUACUCGACGGACAUGUGGUCGAUGGGCUGCAUCAUCUACGAGCUCUGCACCGGCAAGCUGCUGUACGACACGCACGACAACCUCGAGCACCUGCACCUGAUGGAGAAGACGCUUGGCCGUCUGCCGCAGGAAUGGGCAGGGCGCUGCGGCACGGAGGAGGCGCGCCAGCUGUACAACUCCGUCGCGCAGCUGCGUCCCUGCACGGACCCGAAGCACCUUGCCCGCAUCGCCCGGGCACGACCGGUGCGUGAGGUUAUUUCGGACAAGCUGCUGUGCGACCUUAUCUAUGGCCUACUGCAUUACGACCGCCAGAAGCGGCUGACUGCGCGGCAAAUGACGACGCAUCAGUACGUGCUGAAGUACUACCCGGAAUGCCGCCAGCACCCCAACUACCCCGACAACCGCCCAAGCCUCCGCCCCACCCCGCUUAUGUGA